AUGGUUUCUUCAAAUUCCAGAAAGCGAAAGCGGAAGGAGAAGAAACCUCAGCCUCGCAACCACAGAGAACGAGCCGCCGAUCAACGCCAUCGGGUUGUGAGCCAUUUGAAGGGGAAUGUGGGUCCUUCAACAUCGUCUCCUGGAGCUGAACAGUCACUCGUUGAACUCGGGCGGGUCUGGUGGGCACCGAUCUAUGAGAGAUUGCUCAUAAUACAUUUCAGAUUUCAAAUGGAUAAGAAGCUAAAGUGUCCCCUAGAAAGGCCAUCCUUUAGAGUGUUCCUUGUUGGUGAUGACUUCUCUCAGCAUCUGCGUAUACCACCUGCAUUUAUCAAGAACUUCAAUGGACGAAGACUUGGAAAAUGUACUAUGAGAGGCCCUACUGGAAAAUGUUGGGCCGUGGAACUGGAACAGAGACGGGAUGGCUUGUUCUUCCAUAAGGGUUGGCCUGGUUUUGUGAAGGAUCAUUUUAUAGAAUCUGAGGACUUUCUGAUCUUCGAUUAUGAUGGUGGCUCAGAGUUUGAUGUCACCAUCUAUGACAAAACUUGUUGCGAGAAGGAUGUAAAAGCAGCAGCCAAGAGGCUUGCAAGUGAUCAUUUGGCAGAAACAUCCACUGGAGGGCCCAUCUUGUUCAAAUCGGAGAAUGCGUGUUUUACAAAAACUUUUAAGCCCCGUGAUCUAUAUAGUUUAUUGAUUCCAAAGUCUAUAGCCGUAACUGAAGGACUCAUGAGCUCUGAAGGCGUUUUGAUCAAAGAGACUAUAAUGCUUCAAGAUCGAACCGGGAGAUCAUGGCUUGUUCAACUUGAUGUCACCUGUGAUGGUCGUUUGGAAAUGAAAAGAGGAUGGAGGACAUGUCAAGACACAAACCAGAUUUCACAUGGGGACACCAUCAUUUUUGAGUUUGUGAAGCAAGGUGUGAUACUUCAUAUUUUCAGAGGCAGAGGCGAAGGCAAUAGCUCUUCUGUGGUGGUUCUUUCAGGCGUUCUGCCCCGGAAGUCCAGUCAAAACCCAUAG